UGUUUUCAACCUCCCAAAACCCUAAACCCCGAUUAGCAUUAUAAAAUCACAGCGCCACUCAGCACUAGGGUUUUAUAUAUAGCUCAACUUCACUUCUACUCUUCUCCAUCAGUUUCCAGCAGCAGCAGCAGCAGCAGCAACAAUGGUUGCACCAACUAGAGGUCGUGGAGGUGGCGGAUUCAGGGGUGGUAGAGGAGAUGGAGGAGGAAGAGGAGGACGUGGUGGUAGAGGUGGUUUCAGCGGUGGAAGAGGAGGUUUUGGUAGUGGAGGAAGUGGGAUGAAGCGAGGUGGUGGGAGAGGAGGAGGCAGAGGCGGUAGAGGUGGAGGAAGGGGACGUGGUGGAGGAGGAAUGAAGGGUGGUAGUAAGGUUAUAGUGGAGCCUCAUAGACAUGGAGGUGUGUUUAUUGCUAAGGGUAAGGAAGAUGCACUUUGUACCAAGAAUUUGGUACCUGGUGAAGCUGUCUACAAUGAGAAGAGAAUCUCUGUUCAGAAUGAGGAUGGAACAAAGGUUGAGUAUAGAGUGUGGAAUCCUUUCCGUUCCAAGUUAGCAGCUGCAAUUCUUGGAGGAGUUGAUGAUAUUUGGAUUAAACCAGGUGCUCGUGUCCUUUACCUGGGUGCUGCUUCAGGAACAACAGUAUCUCAUGUCUCAGACCUUGUUGGUCCUGAUGGUGUGGUAUAUGCUGUUGAAUUUUCUCAUAGAAGUGGAAGGGACUUGGUGAACAUGGCUAAGAAACGUACUAAUGUUAUUCCCAUUAUUGAGGAUGCCAGACAUCCUGCAAAAUACAGAAUGCUGGUUGGAAUGGUGGAUGUGAUAUUUUCUGAUGUUGCUCAGCCUGAUCAGGCAAGAAUUUUAGCUCUGAAUGCAUCAUACUUCUUGAAAGCUGGAGGUCACUUUGUUAUAUCAAUCAAGGCAAACUGCAUAGAUUCAACCGUGCCAGCGGAGGCCGUAUUUGCUCAGGAAGUGAAGAAGCUUCAAGCGGAGCAGUUUAAACCUAUUGAGCAGGUCACUCUUGAGCCUUUUGAAAGGGACCAUGCCUGUGUUGUUGGUGCCUAUCGUGUGCCAAAGAAGCAAAAGGCUGCUGCCUAGAAAAUUUAUGCUCAUGUUUUUUGGUAGUCCAUGUUUUGUAGGAGGUUUGUUCACACUCAUAAGCUAGUGUCAACACUAAUAUAUUUGAUGGAAGUGUACUGAGAUUUUGGUUCUCUAUUUUAUUAGUCAUAUGUUUUGUUUC